AUGAGUGGAAGGUCCGUGAGCACGAAGAACAAGCCAGUCUUGACAAAAGAAGAAGUGGAAAAAGCUUUUGAUACCUGUGACAAGGACAAAACUGGCUUUAUUUCAAUCAAGCGUUUGAAGGUAAGCCUAGAUUUUUAGCUGAACUCCAAAAUUUACUUGUUCUAUAAUAAGAAAGGGAUAAAAAUAUUACUGUAGGUAUGGGGUACUGCUCUUGUUAAACAUUCUUCAAAUUUUUUAAAUGAAAAUAGUGUUAUCAAUUUGGAAUUUCAGAUUGUGAUGAGAGCUAUGGGAUUCGAGCCGAGGCAAAAGGAAAUCGACGGGUUGAUCAAGAAAAUGGGCGAGAAUGAAGUCGCAAGAGGAGUUAGUUCAGGUAUGAAUCUCUUGACGUUUUUCUUUAAUUUUAGGUUUCAAUUUGAGAAAGAUGUCAUGAAAAAUUAUUUUUGAGCACACGAUGACUAUAUUAAACAUGAAAAAUGUUUAAAAUGGUAAUUCGAAGCCACUAAAAAGCUUUAAAGCCGUAAAAACCAUCGUAAAACCUAAAAUUUAUGUUGUUUUAGACUCCUUUACACUGGGAGAGCUAAUUCACAUUCUGGAUGACAAGUUAUCUGAUGGAGACGACAGUAGCAGAGAAAUAAGAAGUGCUUUUGAGUUGUUCGAUGUUCAGAACAAAGGAUUCAUUAACUUCACGGACUUGAAAAGAGUGGCAAGGGAGUUAGGUGAAGAUGAGAUUGAGGACAAGGAUUUGUGGGUAAGGCCAUGUUUUUUAGUCUUCUUGGUUUGUAAAGAAAGUUUUUGCUGUUUUUUUACUUCUAAAUUAAAUUUAAGUCAAUUUGUGUUAUUUCUUGUAAAGAAAGUUACUGCUUUUGUAAACCUUUUGUGUUACAGGAGAUGAUCCACUUUGCUGACCUGACAAAACGUGGAAAGGUGUUUGAAAACGACUUCAAAGUCAUUAUGAAACGCACCAAAAUGUACUAA